UCCAUUCUAAGAGGAGUACUGAAAGAUAUUGUGGUAAUUAGGUUGAAACUAUCAUCCAGUCACAGAAGAAAGGCCAGGACUUGAGAAGUGUUAUUGCCAAAGCUAAGCCCUCUAUCCCAAUGCAGCUACUUCUAAAUGUUUGCAGUGUUCCUGGGAACCUGGAUUCCACAGCAUCCUCAGAUCUCCUUUUAAAUAACCAACAAGGAGAAGAAACAGGAGAAGGAGAAGAAGGAGAAGGAAAAAGAGAAAGAGAAGGAGAAGGAGAAGAAGAAGAAGAAGGGGAAAGAGGAGAGAGAGAAGAAGAGGGAGAAGAAGGAGAAUCCUUUCUUCUGUGGAAUCUGUUUCACGAAGACAAAUUAAGCAAAGGGAAGAGGCAUGGGAAUUUCAUAGUAAAGUCACAAGAUCAUCUGUUCAUCUACUUUCCUUUGCAGAGCACUACAAUAUAUAAAAAACACCUCUGCGAAUCUGAAAAGACAUGUCAACAUUUCAAAAUGACCCUUCAAUGCAAAAGAACCUCUGUUCCUUGAACUUAAACUUUGUUUUCUUUUUGUGAUUGUGUGGGAAAAAAAGUUUCCGAAUUGAGAACUAUGUUUCUGAACCUCUGCAACACUUUCUCUGUUAUCCCACCAGAAUGAAAGCACAUCCUGAUAGGCCAUUAGGUCAACGAACUCUAAUUGUUAACAGUUUCACCCUGCUAGCAUUCAGAAUAAUGCUAGUGGAGGACACAUAGAAGCUUGUAUUUGUGUUUUGUUCUGGUAACACUAGAAAAAAACACCAGAAAUCCCAGCCCCCCCCCCCCCCCCCCCCCCAAAAAAAAAAAAAAAAACCAAAAAAAAAAAAAAAA